GGGGACUCCAUUUUUCUACGCGGCAGCCUGCAAGACGGCGGAAAGCUAGGCGCUUGUGUUGCUAGGCUAACUUCCCCUGCCAGAUAAAUUGUCUUCCUGGCGACCCUUUCGUAGAAUACAAAAGACUCCCAGCAUGCUGAUGGUGGGAGGCAAUGGACGGAUGCACUAGAAUGAGUGUGAAGGAGCUGUGUGAGACCGAUGACCUGGCCACCGGCUUGGUGCUGGACCCUCUGCUGGGCUUCAGCACCCACAAGAUGAACAUCAGUCCCCCACCAGAGAUCCGGCGUUGGGGUAACCUGAAAGAGACCCUGUUGCGCUUCCAGCGUACGCAUGACUUCAAUGCUACGUUUGAGGCACUGACCGUGGGUGAACCGGCUGGGGACUACUUUAUUGCUUUGGGAAGCCAUCGACAGGAGCUGCUGAGACAACACGUGUACCGUUACCUCAGUGCCUUCCUGUUGGAUAACGGUGUCAAGAUAGAGUCCUGCGACAGAUACUCCUCGGAGACCAACGGAGCAAAGAUAACCUCCACAAGGCAAUGGUUCGCGGGAGAGCGGGUGGAGGUCCUGCUCGGCUGCAUAGCGGAGCUGAGCCCCGCUGACGGCACAGUGUUAAGGGCGGGAGUCAAUGACUUCAGCGUGAUGUAUUCUACGCGCAAACGCUGCACUCAGCUUUGGCUUGGGCCGGCAGCUUUCAUUAACCAUGACUGCAAACCAAACUGCAAGUUCGUCCCCGGGGAGAAGAAUAUCGCGUGUGUCGAAGCCAUUCGACCAAUCUCACCUGGGGAGGAGAUCACGUGUUACUAUGGUGCCAGCUUUUUUGGGGAAGGCAAUGAAAUGUGUGAAUGCUGCACCUGUGAGAGGAAUGGAGAGGGUCACUUCAAACACAGGGGGAAGCAGCCCGAAUGUGAAGAAACAAAGGAUCCUGUGGAGCAAAAGUACCGCCUGAGAGAGAGAUAUCUUCGUCAUCACAAAGAGAAGAGGCCGAUAAUACAAGGAAUCCACUCAGGUAUUUUUAAAGCCAUCCCCUCAAGGAAUUCCUUCACCCAGCAGAUGAGGAGAAACGCCUUAAAGAACAGAAAAUUUAGUCAAACGAAGAAGUGGAGACGAGAGAAGCACAGGCGAUCGGGAAAGAACCCAUUGAAAUCCUUCACAGUCCAACAGUAUCAGACACUUCUGUCCCAAUUCACCCUGAGGGACCUCAGAAUCAAAGUACGCCGCCACUCGGUGGACUUCUUGCUCAAGUGUAAGGAUCCAAAAAGCAAAGAAAGAGCUUACCUUCGACGCUUGGAAGAAGGGAAUCCAAAAGACAACAUUCUUAAUUCGAAUGGUGACGCGAACAACAAGGUCAACGUGAAGCCUUUCUCCCCAAAAUCCUCCAUGUCGGUCCAGCAGAGGAGUGGACCUGCAGCCAGCAGCUCAGGCCCCGAUGAGACGUCUGUCCGGGUGGCGGCGAGACGGGCAGUUCCCCAGAGGUGCUCUUCGAGAACCAGAAGCAUGGUUCAAACCUCGCUCGCACGCCCAGCGGGGUCCAGGGACGCGGCCGGCGCCACGGCUGAAAUCGACAAAACCUGCGGCGCGACAGGACACGACGGCAGCGUCGAACCCCGCGUCGCCGACGGGGCUCAAGACCCAGCAGCCGCGCCCCCGGGGCCCAGGGUCACCAGAGCGUCGUCCACGGCGGAACCCGCCCGCGGAGCAAAGCGGGCCGGGGACGGCCCGCCGGUCUCGCUGAAGCAAUACCUCACCGUCCGCCUAACCAGGCUGUCAAGUGUGCCAAGUGUGAAAAAAGAGGAGAUCCCCGAAGGCCGGGCCGGCAGAGCGGAGUUAAGCGGGAGGGCCAGGCAGAGCCGGUGUACCGCGCCGACGGUAGAGUCAGGGAACAAAAGGGUGUCCAGAUCUCGGCGGCGGCGGCGGCGGGGAGGAGGAAGUAGUUCAGACGCCGGCACAGCGGAAGGUAACGGAGGGGUGAGGGAAAUGUUUUUCAAGGCCGUCGAUGCGGCGAAUUUAGAGGCGGUGCGAGCCAGCGGGUCGCCGGGCGGUUCAUCCCACGGAGAGACUGGGGGGAACGGCGAGGUUAUCGGAGUGCAGACGAAGGAGGAAACCGAUGACACGCCGAGGGGGCAGCCGCACAUCGAGCAGAAAGAGGAGAAAGACGCUGAAGUUGCAAUUGUGGAAUGUAAAAGUAAGAUGGUGAUGGAGGAGGUGAAAGAGUCGGCGUGUAAAAUAGUCCCCAGUGAAAAAACAAGAGCAGAAAAUUACCAACAACGUGUUAAAGAUCUAGUCGAGGACGGAGUUGUGGAAUUAUCAGAACAAAUUGCGAGGAGUGUAAGUAAAGAGCCGGCAAGUAGGCAGGAAGAGGAUGUUGUCAUAAAGCAGGCGAAGGUUUUGCUAUCUGAUAUUUUAAGAAAAGAUAAAUCCUUCAUAGAUAAAACAUUACAGGGAGACCUCGUAGGAAGAUUGUUUUCUCCUCCUGCUUCCAAGAAGACGCAAAGUGCCGAGGACGAAGACAAACGGACUGAACUCAACGGAGGCUCAACGCAGAGGAGGAUCACGCGUCGGCGAAAGGUGAGGCCGAGGGCGGCGAAAACGAAAGGCAAGCAAAGCACCGGCGGACGCUUCAGCAAAGAGGCCGCAGCCGCAGGGAAGACGGAGUCGAGCGAGGGCCGUCUGCAGCUGGAGGCCCCGCGGCGGGACGGUGACCCGCCGGCCAGCCGCCUUACCCAACUACCUCACGGGUCGCCCGUCUCUACGAAAGCUGUGACGAAACCGCUGUCGGACGCCAGCCCACAGCCGCACACCCAGUCCAACAUACCUCUGAAGAAACGCACGUUUCGAAGCUCUGUGGAAAUAGACUCUGAACAAGGUUUGACUUCUGAUUUGGCGUCAGAUCAAGCUUCCAAAGGAGCCGCGGCGCUGAAGCCGGCGCCAUCGGCGGCGGCGGAGCAGAAGCAGCAGCAGCAGCAGCAGAAGCAGGUCACGUGUUCGGGGGAGAGGCCCAACGGGAAAAGACACGUCAAACGCAGGAGAAGGACUACCGAAAUCCAGAGGCUAAACCCCCAGAAGAUCAGCAAGCAGAACUGCUUCAGGCGAGUGCUGCGGUCCCGAGCGGCUGAAGCUCAGCGAGGCCACCUGUUGAAGAAAGUUAAAAAGUGUAAAACGGAGAGGCCGGAAGAGGACGACCCCCGUCGGGAUGGAGCGCCACGGUGUGACCCGCUCGCAGGGGAGAAAAAAGCCGCCGGCCCGGGGCCCCGGGAGGAAGCUGAGGGGGCCACGUUAAUCCAGCAGAGUGGUUUGGGGGAGACGAAGCCAGGCAUCGAUUUAAAGAUCCGGUUCAAGAGGAGGAGAGGCAGAGUGUGGGAGAUGCAACGGGCAGGAUUGGAAAACAUGGCGUUAAAAACGGAAAGGGGAGACGAGUUGCUGACCUGCGACCCGUUCAAAGCUAUUAUGGAUUCUGUAUCAAUCUUAAACCUGGAGAUGGAGGCGGCCCAGGCGCACGUGCACGCUAGUAAGAAGUCAAAGAGCCGGUUGCACCAUUUGAAAAGAAGGGGCCAGAGGCUGUCCGAAAGGAAGGCAACUAUCGCAGCGUCGAGCGUCAAAUCCGACAAAGACCUGAGAAGCGCGCGCCCGGCCGGCGACACGCCCGGCCACAGAGUAGAGGCUAAAGAGAAGCUCGACAAGGAACUUCUUCCAGGUGGAGCCAAGCUGCUGGCAGAAAAACCCGAGAGCUGUAAAACGGACGUCGACGCGUCCGUCGUAGGGAGAGAAACCAAAACGGAGGAUUGCUUCACGAGGAGUUGCUGCUUGUUUGGAUCCGAGUCGCUGCACAAACUGGAGCCUGAACUGGAUCCAGAUGGUCUUUUGUUACCAGUGAUGAAACUGCGCAGAAAGACCGAGGACAUUUGGGAGGUGGACAGCAAAGGGGGGCUUUUACAAACCGAACUUAAAGUGAAAAAAGAGCCAAAAGGUCCACAUUUAGGGAAACAAAACAAAGGAGGCCUCGACAUCAGCAAGCUCAAAGAAGAGUUCCCGUCGCAGAGGGCGAACGGCAGCGCGUCCCCCCUGAAAGCCGAGCCGCCGCCCUUCUGCCUGUCCCUGUCCCCGCUGUCCCUGUCCUCCCCCAUCAACAACGACAAACCCGACGCGACGUCCUCGGCGCCGGACGCGAUCCCCCCCGAGCGGCCGGAGGCCAACUGCGGCGGGAGGAAACCUCGGCACAAACCGGAGAGGCCGCGGAACCGCGGCGCCGCCGAGGCGCCCGCCGGCAGCCUCGGCCACACCCUCCAGCAGAUCGACAACAGCCUCUUCAGGCUCUGCGAGGGCCUCUGCUCGUCCCAGACCCUGGAGAAGCCGGCGGCGUGUCCCGGCGCUCCGAGUUGCGUCGUCCAGCCCCCGUCCCACUCCACCCCCCCUCCCUUUGCGGCGGCGGACAACAUGCUCUCCGGGGAGCCCAGCUUCACCAACUGCUGCGACGACCUCCUGGACUUCCAGUGCCUCAACUUCGAGGGCUACUACCAACCGCAGAACAUCCUCCCCUCGUCCCCGUCGGACCUGUGCUCGCUCGACCCGCCCACGGACCCCUUCAGCAGCCCCCUCUCGCACAGCCCGUCCGACACGUGGGCGACCGAGACGCCGUACCUCGGCCCCCCCAGCCCGGGGAACAACUUCACCAGCGAAGACCUGCAGUUCUUCCCGGGUCUGAUUUCUUCCAAAAGCGAGUCGGCCCCGGCGGAAUGCGAAGCGAAGGACGGCGCCGCCGCCGCGCCCCCCAAAGACAGGAUCCAAGUCAACCCCGCUUUCGCGUUUUCGGCACCGGGCGUCUCGGACUUCACCGCCAAGGAUCGACUGCUGAGCAAGAAUCCGGGAAUGAGGCUGCCCCGGGACGACCUCAGGAGCCAGUCCUACGCCGUGGUCGGCAAGCCUCGGGCGUUCGGCGCCCCGCCCUCCUCCUCCUCGGCCGCGCCGUCGCACCAGCAGCAGCAGCAUCAGCAGCCGCCGGGCGGCGCCAGGGCGGGCGCCGGUCAACCCAAGUCCCAGCCGAGCUUCAAAACCCAGGGCCCCUUCCACCGCACCAUUCCCAGUAAGCCGCAGUCGUUUUCCAGCGUGCAGCCGGGCGCGCCCCGAGGGAUGGCGCCGAGCUGCUUGGGUAAACCCGCCCCGCCGUCCCAGGUGUCCAACCGGUUCCUCGCCCCGCAACUCUUCACUGUGAAAACCCCCCCCGACAACCCCUUCAAGUUCCACGAGAAAGCCUCGACGGUGAUCCACAGGGUGCUCAAGUAUCAGGGCGGGAACCCGACUCCCAACUUGUACAGCGCGCCGUGCAAAGACGCCACGGCCGACUCGUCCAGAACGCUCGGCGCCAAGCCGGGCGGCGGCGCCGCCGAGAGGACGCCGCAGAGUCAAAAAGUAGACGGCCGUCACAAAGACCACGUCCCCGUACCGGGGUUUGGAAAAGACGUCGGCCACCUUGGUUCCUUCGGCAGGUCCAGUUCUCAUUUCAACAGUUCCUCUUUCCCCCAGUCGUUCCUCAGGAGUAAGGCGUCCUCCGACCGGCUCGACGGCGCCGAAGCCAACGCGGCGUACAAAAACCUCCCGCCGCUGCCGAGACCGUUCUUCUUCCCCAGCAAGCUGUCCGACGGCUACCCGCCACCCCAAGACAAAAAGUCCAACCCGUCGACCUCCGACAAACACCAGCCAUGUUACACCCAGCACGACCCGUUUGACUUCAGCUUCGGCCCGUCUCCUUCGCCGGCGCCGCAGCACAACAACCCGCAGGUGGGCCACGGCGCACCUUCCGCCACGCCAGCACCAGCAAACAAGCCUCAGCCCUCGGCCGCCUCCUUCCCUUACGGCUGUCAAGGUCCUCCUUACGUGCUGAACUUCAGUGGCGACCAUUCCCUGACCCUGGGCUUGAGGGACGGGGUCGAGGGCUACCCGGGACUGGGCUCCGCCAACUACACCUACCACUGUCUGAUGGAGCCGUCGGGCACCCAGGGGAGGCUGGUCCUCGAGCCCUGCGGGCCCCAGGUGUCCAACCCGGGCUCCUUUGCCAUGGGCGGAUUUUCGGGGCUCAGGGGUCAAGACGAGCAGUGCAGGAAGGACCCGCAGCCGCCGUGCCACCCCGGGGAGCACCAGGGCGCGUCCCACUACGGCCCGGCGCCGUCCUCCCACUCCAUGGGUGCCUCCAAACCCAAGAGGGUGAGGUUAGUGGUGACGGACGGCACUGUAGACUUGGACCUUCAGUACUCGGAUUGAGUACCUGUUCUCACUGGAUCCCGGGUUUCAAUAUGUUUUUUUUUUUUUUUUUGUUAACACUGUACUUCAUGGUCCAGGUCAUUGUUUUUGAUGGACUGUUAGUGUAUGAAUGGAUUGUACAGAGUUUUGUGUAAAACAAGCCUAUUAGUGUGUUUUAGCUACUGUAUCGUUUUUUUUUUAAAGAAAUUAAAUAUCCACUACGAUUUGCUGAGCAUACCAAAUUCAUGCAUUAAAGAUGCAUAAAGGAAAAAAAAAAUCUAUUUGUGACUAGGAGUUUGAAGUGGCCCUGUAAGCCCUCUUACUGUACUGUAACAUAGCUGUAUUACCUUCCUACUCCACGUGUGGCAGUAGAGAGGAGAGCCAGCUUCGCCCCUUGGUACUUGAAAUCGGUGGGAUUUAAAAAGGCAGCUUUGUGCCUCGUUCUUUAACAUGUUCUUGUGACUUUUUGAAGCACCCGUUUAAAGUGUCCACCCCACGAUUUUGUACUCCGUAGGAUCUUUUCUCAUUUUGUGUGUAACUCAAGUGUGUGUGUGUGUGCGUGCGUGCAUGCGUGUCUCGAGGGAUCAAAGCUAAGUGUGUUGUAGUGCUGUGACAGAUUUUUAGUAAGAUCAUUAGUCAUUAGUGCAUUAAUGAAAUGGGUCGUGCAUGAACAGUAAAGUGUCACCCUGACUGAAGUGAUAUAUUUAUACUCAAGGAAAGCUCUACUGGGUGAAGACAUGAAUGGCAGCUUUCAACAGCUGCUCCUUGAGGACUUUUGUGGAUGAGUGAGUGUGAGAAACUACAGCAUGUGUUGUUGUUUUUUUUCUUGUUUUGUUUUAAGCCAGUUGUGCUUAAAUAAUUGAGGUAUAGUACAAUGUAUUUGUAAUGGGAUUUCUCCCAGUUGGAAAUAUUUCAAUUUCACUCAAGAAAUCUGACAAUCUUCUCACAGAGUAACUCGACGUUUGUCCGUUUCUAUUUGGUCUUUUUCCAAAGGAAUUUAUCAUUAUUGUUAUUAUUAUUGUUAUUACACAUAAAGAACAGACGUAUAAGUUACGCAUCACCUGCAAUAGUUCCUGCUACGUUGUCGGCGAUGGACAUACGAACUCUAGAGUACAGAGGUCUCUGCUGUAGGUUGUCCCCGCAGCAGAGACGUUGUCCCGACGUCUGUCCACCCCGUUUGACGUCGGUCGGGAGGAGAGCGACUGCACAGCCUUUCAUUACCACCCUGUCCUGUCUUGAUAAGGAAAGGCCAAUUAUUUAUUUUAAUAUCCUCGUCCUUGAAAUGGUGCUUUAAUGUAAUUUAUAUUUCACAUUGAUUGUUCCAACUAUUAAAUGUUUUUUAUUCUUAUUUAAUGGGAAUAGUACUGAACAGAAUAUUUACAUUGAGUAUUUAAUUUCACAGCCAUUGACAUUUUAUCCAAUGUUUCAAUUGUUACAGGUAUAAACUAUCUCGGUUUUGUUUUUUUUCUAAUUGGCAAUUGGUCUUGCUGAAAAUAUGCUGUACAAAUGUACAAAUGUAGCCUAUAUCAUUAAAGACAAUUAAUUCUUUUUUUUGUA